GGAACCACGACGGAAAAGUGAAGUUCCGCGGAAUGUUUUGACAGAAGAUAAACAAAGACUGAAUGGAUGAGUUUGGCAUGACAGAAGAGGAGGAGCUGUUGAUUGACAGUCUUUUCUACAAGUGUGAUAGCCACAAUGAAGGUCUGGUUGGGGUAAGCGCUGUCAUACAGUAUCUGAAGUCCUGCCAGAAUCAGUGUAACGAUGAGCCUGGCUUGCUUUCACUGGCUCAGGAGCUGGAGACUGUAGGCAUGAAUGGGAAGGUUUCCCUGGCUUCUUACCGAUCUGUUCUCAAGCGCUGGAUUCGUGAUGUCAAAGGAAGACGAGACAGUACCAGCUUCCUGGAUCCUGAUGGCGCUUUGCAACAGCAGAUUGACAUGGACAAUGUCUCCAACAACAAUGCUGAGCUAUCAAGCUACAUAGAAACAUCUGCUGUUGGUGAAAGCCAGGGAUCUGCCUGUGACUGUGAGGUGGGCGAGCUGCUGCAAGAACUAGGGGACCUGCGGUUCCAAAACCGGCGCCUGCAGGAGGAGAACACCAAGUUUCAGAAGCAGAUGGACUCACAGGAUGAACUUCUCGCUCUCAGACUAAAGGAGGAUGAGGCCCUUAGAAAAAGGUUCAAAAGUGUGCAGGAGAGCCUAGACCUGCGGCACAGUGUGAUUGAGGAGAAUGAGGAGCUAAAGUCACGCUUGCUGGCCCUGCAAGAGGAGAUUAGUUUGCGGGACAGCCGCAUCCAGGGCCUUGAGAAGGACAUAUCCAGUCUUGAGAGCCAGGCCAGCGCCUUCGAGGCAAAGUGGCAGAAAGUGACAGCUGACCUUGAGGCUGCAGAAAUGGAACUUCAACUAAAAGAGAACACAUGUCUGCAACAACAGCACAAGCUACUUGAUGAACAGGAACUGAAGUCCUCUCAUGCAGACCUUCUCAAUGAGAAACUGCAGGCGCUGAAUGCGCUACAACAAAAAUGCAACCAACUUAUGGAACAAAAUGAGAAACUCCAAUAUGAGAAGGAAGAUGUACAGGGGACUCUAGCAGAGUUAAAUGGGAAGUUUAUUAGACUUCAGAGCCAGACUGAGCAGUUUGGUAUCUGUAGUGGUUCCCUGCUUGAUGAGCCAGAGGUUGUUGAUGCAGGUAGUAGACUACUGCCCAGGAUACCCUUUAGCACCCCUUUGCACAGGCACUCCAUCUGCAUGGAACUCAAGGACAAACUGGGGGAGGACAAGCACCUUCCCUCACCGCUGUGUGAGAAGCAGGAGGUGACACGCAACCCUCGGGAGGUCACACACAACCCUCUGGAAGUUCCCCUGUGCUCAGUCCUGCUGCCACCCUACAUGUCUGCAUGGAAUGUGGACAGCUUUGGAUCAUCUUUAAAUGAUUAUUCACUUGAACUUAAUCGCAGGAGCCUUAGUCCUGAGCCAAAAGAUUUGUAUCUAGAGUCGGGCUUUAAUUACCUCAAAGACAUGGAAAAUGAUGCUCUACAGAGAGAGGUCAUUAAGCUGUACAGACUGAAUGUUGACUUAGCUGAGAAGUGCCAUAAAGCUGAAUUGAAAGAGGCAGAACUUCUUGAACAGUUGAAAGAUGUACAAUCAAGAUACAAGGAGGAGGAAACGAGGAACCAAGAAUAUUUUCAGAAAAUUGGAGAGGAGCAUGCAGGUGACUUGCUGCAGGGUCAGCUGAGGGACCUCUGGAGACUGGUACACCACCCAGAGGAGGAUCACUCCUCACAGAGCAGCAACACAUCAUUGCCAGUGUCAACAGAUGCUCUGAAGCAUCAAAUAUUCUUUGAAAUCUCCGCACUGAGAGAGAAAUUGAUCACAAGAGAUGCUGCCUGGCAAUCAUUGAGCCAUCAGUUGUGGAGGACUGCCAGAAAGGGGAGAUCAUCCAGCUCUACUCUGGUUGAUGCCCUAAAUAUUGAUCAUGUAAGAAUUACCCGUAAACCCCCUUUUACCACAAAACCUGACAGGACACACCAGCUUCACAAAUCAUUGCCAUUGUGUAGAAAAUCUGAUCCUGUGAGCUCUGGUUGCUCAGAAAGUCAUCAAUAUGAAUGGUGCUAUGAGGAUAUAGAUGAAGGGGACAUUACAACUGAAGACAUGUACUGCAGAAGGUUUGAUGUUCCACGUAGGUUUAAAGGUGAUGGGAACGGCGACAACAAUAAUUCAGUUAACAAAAUCGAUAAAAGGCCAUUUGAAGGUGCAAGUGGAAGAACAGAUGUGAGUAGUGCUGAUAUAAAAGAACCAGAGCAACUUAGAAAAAGUGAAACUAACCAAUUGGACUCACCUCAGACAGUUUUGAGGAGACAAAGUUAUAGCAAUGCUGUAUUGAAUAAGGAACAUAAUGAAAUUGACCAGGAUGAAGAUCAGUCAUCUAAAUGUAGCAAAAAUGACAAAUCCCUGAUACCUGUCGACUCAACUUCAGAUGCAAGCAGUGCUGAUACAACAAAAACUGUAGACUUCUGUUCAUUACCUCAUCGAGGCCGCAGUGGCAGCUUUAAAGCAGCCAUUGAACAAGGACCAGUAACCUCUAUUGGUUUGAACAAUGCUUGCUCAGUGUUAGGAGACUCUCAAAUGACUCCAGAUUUUGAGAGCAAUGAUUCUUUGUCAAUAUCCUCUGCACCAAAAUACUCCAGUACCCCAUUACCAUCUUUCUUGAAAUCUUAUCCUUGUGUUGAAAAAACUGUCAAAGAACUUAAACCAGAGAAUGUGGAAUGUUCAAUAGACACGAAUGUUCUUGCAACAGAUUUGUUCAAGAUCGGCAGUAUCAGUCUAAGCAGGCUUUCCCAAGGCACCAGCAACAAUCUGUCAGUUCUGCCAGAAGAAGAUGGUUCCAGUAACAGACCCAUGCCAUCUCAAGACAUAAGCUAUGCUGGCUGUUCUGUGGAUGUUUGGAGUAUCACACCUAGUGACCUUGAGAGCAGAGGCAGCUGUACUGGGAGCUCCACCCGUGACUCUGGUCACUCUAGCACCAUUGAGAGCUUUGACAGGGACAAUAAUAAAGACUUUGCUGAUGGGUCAGCUGAUGACAUACAGGGAGAUUUAAAGAGCUCAUUACAUGCAGUUGAAAGAGUGCCCGAAGUGUGUGUAGUUCACCAAUCUGCAUUAGUCCAGCACAAGCAGCCAUCACCAAUCUAUGUGGGUGAUAGUGUUGUGGCUGACGAGGAGUCUGUUGACUGUACUGAUGGUAGCUGCAACUCAACUUCAAGCAUUGUGCAGAGAGACAAAGACACCUGCAGCCAGGACCAACAGCACCAGGUUCCAGAGAAGAACAAACAGGUCCAGCAAUCUGCAGGCAAUCUCAACAAUGGAAAUGUGGGUUCUUCAAGAUCUCCACAACUGUUGUUGUGCAGUGAAGAUGUUGACCAGAGCAAGGAGAUGCAAGACCCUGUCUGCUUCAGGUCAGCCUCCAUGCUGUCUAAGAUUAGAGAGUCUCACCUUGCAAAGCGUCGGGAAAUCACAAGGCAGACCCAAAUGCCUCAGUUGUCUGAGUUAGCAGAGAAAGAUGUGAGCGAGAAAAAUGAUGAACUCAUGGAAACAAGACAAUAUUUUUUAGUCAAGGAUGAAGCUGUGAGACCAGACGAGCCGUCCACUGAGCGCAUCAUCAUGCCUAGCAUCCCAGACGAGUACCUGCUGCGUCUGGGGCUUGUACCAGACAGCAUAAGUUGUGAGGAGCUUUCUGACCAGGAGGUGGAGGUAAGGCUGUGUUGUUAUGACAAAUACAAUAUAUAA